AUGGGAAAGGGAUUAGAUAUGCUUUUUACGAUCACACCGAAGACUCCUAAGAAAGAAGCAAAGCCUCUUGCUAAAACUCGCACCGAAGCCUAUAUGUGGUCUGAUCCAUCUAAUAUUCCCUUUAUUCCGACAAAUUCAUAUAUAUCAGUUGAGUCAUGGAUCGUUAAUUUUCAUCAAAAAAUGCCUUUUUGUUUACUUUAUGGCCCUACAAGUUCAGGAAAAUCCAGAAUUGUUCAUACAAUUUCUGUUAGAUACUGUUUACACUUAAUAGAGAUAGAUUGUGCAUCCGCAAAAGAUAUUAAAAGUUGUAUUGACACAGCCAACGAAGCUACUCAAUCCAGAAGCGUUGGCUCGUUCCUCGAAACGGAAAACGAGAAUCAAUCAUCGAUAAAACCUACCUCGAUGGUAGUUUUUGAACAUAUCGAUGCAUUAUUUACAGCAGGAACAAAAGUAUCUCAAGCUUUACUGAAUUUAUUAUCUUCAUCUCGCGUUCCUAUUAUUGCAACAUGCAACAAAAACUUCUUUAAGCCAGCAGAAUGGAUGCUUGUUGUAUACGUUCCUAAGAUUAUUGACGCUUUUUUAGUUCUAAAAGAAUCAACUUGGUUUAAGCAAAGCAAGAACCAACUGCAGACAGAAAUGAACGUCAGAAAAUUACUUUAUAUGACGAACUACGAUAUCAGACAAACAUCUCUUCAAAUGAUGUUCAAUGAUUCUUCAGAAAAAUUUUUACCACGCGAUGAACAAAUAUAUCAUUCAUUACUAAACGAGAAUUCCGAUACUUCUACGAUAGAUUUGAAUUUAUAUCCAGAUUAUUUAGAUUUAUUAACUUCAAUUGACAGCGAAGACUUAUUCUGGAACUCUAAAAUAGAUCCAAAUGUUAUGAGUAGACCUUUGUCCGAUACAGAUAAGUUUACAAAAGAAGUUUAUGAUUAUAUCGGGACAAAAUUCCAGGCAAGUAGGACUUCUUACAUGCCGAUAACAGAAACAAUAGAAUUUGCAGCCGUUGCUGCACAGAAUUGCCAAAUGAAGACAAGAACUCUUAGAGUAUUACCAUUAUCAAAAAUAGUUCCAAUUACAGAAGAUGAUACUGCGCUUUUUAUUAAGGCUGGCCAGUAUCCAUAA